CUCGUUUCUCCGUAUUGAUUGACUGAUUGACUGACUGAUUGAUUCAUCCCACCUACGAGGCACGAUCCCCGUAAGAAUCGAAUCGAAUACAGGCGUCUUGGGCAAUACAAGCAUCUGUGUGGACACAUGCUUCAGUGCUUUUUUCUCUGCUCUUGUGUGCCUCUCUCAAUACCAGCAGUACUCGGGUUUUGCCCAGGGUCAAUCGACAAUCUUAUCGCCGCUCUCCCAUCCAAGUUGCGGGGUUUAUGCCCUUCGACCCUGUCCAACGAUUCCCAGCCUAAUUCUGUUUUCAUCAGAGCUUUUCCCAUUUGAUUUUGCGACCCUUGGGUUUUGAGAGUGCGUCACCGACCUCGGACCAUUUCAAAGCAAAUCUCGACUUUCUGAACUGAUGCACGCCGCCACGUUCUCGCUUUCUUUCACGUCUUGCCCAUUCCUUGCCACUAUUGUAUGCAAACCAUGGGCGACGAUGUGACGCUUCGGUCUAUGUCUGCGGAGAGUCCGGCGGGCGAGGUAUCAGAACAAAACUCGCUUCAAUUUGUGGAAUCGACAAUGGGUCAUAACAACUCCAAUGCACCCGAUUCGCAACCAGACUCGCCGUCGGCCGACAACAACGAUGAUGGUGACGGCACUAGGCCUCCCGCGCCUAUGCAGAAAAGGCGGAGAGUCACCAGAGCCUGCGACGAGUGUAGACGGAAGAAGAUCAAGUGUGAUGGCAAGCAACCGUGUACCCACUGCACUGUGUACAGCUACGAUUGUACUUAUGAUCAGCCCUCCAACCGGAGGCGGAACCCUGCACCACAAUACAUCGAAGCCUUGGAACAACGACUACAGAAAACCGAGGCGAUCCUUCGUUCUGUUCUCCCAGGACUCGAUCUCGAGGAUCCGAAAUUCGAUGCGCGCUCUGUGGAACAGUUGAUCGACACCUCGCGGGCCAAGUCCAGUGCCAAUCCCACUGUCAAUGGCAAUGGCCAGGCAACACCAGUGCCCGACGUGUCGAAGCAUGAAGACGAUGCACAGUUACAGUCCAUGGUCGAUCGAAUUGGCGCCUUGGACCUGGACCACGACGGCCAUUGGGAUUUCCACGGCCACUCCUCGGGAUACGUGUACAUGAGGAAAUUUCGUGCCCAGUUCGGUGACUCGUAUCUCGCCGAGUAUCGUCACCCCAACCGAAACAAGAAUAUCCAACAGCUUCUCGAAUCACCAAGAUCUGCUCAGUCCUCCCCCUAUGAAAUCAAUCUUCCCCAAGGUGUCGACCUGCCGCCAAAAGAAGUCGCCAUCGAACUGUCGCGCAACACCCUCGAUGACUGCUGCGCGCUUAUGCGUCCACUCCACAAGCCGACCUUCUUCCAGCGUCUGGACUCCCUCUACGACACAGAUCCAGAACAGUGGAAUAACAACCACAUACAAUUCUUGCCCCUGCUGUACGUCGUCAUGGCCGUCGGAGGUUUGUUCUCCAAAUCGGAGGAUAAAGGCACCACACUUGACCUCAAAGGUUACAAGGAGGCAAUUGAACAAGGAUAUCAAUACUUCAACACUGCGAAGCAAAUGCUUGACAUCACUGACUGCCGGGACCUCGUGACAAUCCAAGCCAUUGUGUUCAUGAUCAUGUUCCUCCAGUCGACCGCCAAGCUCCCGGUUUGUUACGCGUAUCUAGGGAUUGCACUCCGAGCAUGCUGUCGACUGGGUCUUCACCGCAAUAUUCCGAACCGGUUCAACCCGAUCGAACUCGAAGAGAGGAGACGGAUAUUCUGGCUGGUUCGAAAGAUGGAUUCUUAUGUCGGAGCCGUCCUUGGACUUCCACAGAUGUUGAGUGAUGAUGAUAUUGAUCAAGAGCUGCCAGCCGAAAUUGAUGAUGAAUACAUAACAUCGGAAGGCAUCCGGCCUAUGCCAGCUGAUGUUUUUCCUCUUCUGAAAGCAACGAAUGCACAUACCAGGUUGACCAACAUACUGAGGAAGGUUGUUCGCUAUAUUUACCCUGUCAAGGGUGUCAUGGGAAGUGGAAGUGCCGAUUCAAGGUAUUCUAUCAGUCACAAGCGAAUACGAGAACUCGAACGAGAUUUGCAGAACUGGAUGGACCAAUUGCCAACGGAGCUGAGGCCUUCCGAUGAUGCUGGAAGAGACCUCUCCAGAGUACAACAGCUUCUGCGAAUGUCCUACGCUCACGUUCAGAUGAUGGUCUACCGACCAUUUAUCCACUAUGUAUCGCAGGCGUGCCAGUCCAGAAAUGUGGACAAGAGAAGUUUUGCUUGUGCAGCGGCAUGCAUAAGCGUUGCUCGGAAUAUUGUGCAUAUCACAACCGAAAUGAAGAAACGCGGCCUUCUCGUCGGCUCGUACUGGUUUGUCAUGUAUACUACUUACUUUGCCAUUCUCUCGCUAGUUUUCUUCGUCCUCGAAAAUCCGCACAGCUCGACGGGCCAAGACAUCCUGAAAGAUGCCAUUGAAGGAAGGGACACUUUGGCUUCCCUUGCAAAACGGAGUAUGGCAGCAGACCGGUGCAGUGGCAGCCUUGCUGGUCUUUUCGAUGUCCUGCCGGAAAAGCUCAAGGAGCGACGAAGCUCUCUGAAUGCCGCAACCCAGUCAUCCCGCAAGCGACCACCUCCGGUUGUGACUGAAAAUUUCACGGCACAAGAGAUGCAAUCGGUCGCCAGUGUAUCGACCCCAAGUAGCUUAAGGGAACAAUCAGCGACACCCAGUCGCACGAGAACCAUCCCUUCUGAUUUCCUUGCCAAGUUGGCAAAGAGAAACUCCAUGCCUGAUCCACAUGCACUUACGGGGCUGUCGGAAGGAACCCCUACGAGUACACACAUGCAGAGCCAGCCAAUGCUCGGCUACCAAAGCCCGGCCAUAGCAUCGCCCAUGUCGGGCCAUUUUGAUUUCACGCCACAGUUGGGCAAUGCCCAGAUCCCCGACCUGAAGAAUGUCAUGUUCCCAAGCGAUAAUCCAUUCGCGUAUCCUAACCAACCCAUCAGUACUCUGGAGUCUGGAGACGGAUCGUUUUCAUUUGCGGAUCACAGUCUCGGAUUCAGUGAGCACAGCAUGGCCGGAACGCCGACCACUAGCACGGCGCCGAUGUCGUUACCCACGUCACAAUAUGACCAUGGCUUUUACCAGCAGGCCAUCAACGAUAACUCUCAGUCGGCACAUCCGUUUGGGAGCCAGGGCGGACGUUUUGGUGCUCCAAUCACGGAUCUUCUUAUGCAGAAUGCCAUCGGAGGGGAGCACGUGAACCUGGGUGGACUGCCGAGUUUCCACGAUCCCAUGGUGGCAACAUCGACAACAGACCCAUCAAGGUCGACACAGCCCGAAGACUUUUGGAAAGGAUCGGCCGGUGCGGCUUCUGUCCCGCCACCGGGAUUGGAAGAUUACUUCAAUAACGAGCGGUUGGGGUGGGAUCCCAACUGGAAUGAUCAUCACUAUUACGCGGGUGGGUAGUUGUUUUCUACCCCUCGACUUUCCACAACAUUCGAGGUUCAAGUUUUGAUAAGCAAAUUUUUGGCAUUGGGCUUUCACCAGGUCUUAUUUGGAAGCAAGGCGUUAUCGUUUCAGGUGCUUGGUUGAGCAUACUACGGAUGUCUUUUGGCAAGGCUAUACGGAGACGAGACUUGAUGCAUGGAAAAGGGUACACCUGACCUUGGAUGCUUUUUACACAACGGAGGACGGCGUUACCUACGGCAUUUUGGGGAAGAAUCCCAGCCGAGUGGCUUUUUUCCGUGUCUUUGGAGGUUAUACAUGCAGAGGCUGGUCUAUACCCAACAAACAUGACAUGGUCAUGGCACGGGAUUUUUUUCUCUUCUUUUGUUUGGUGUGACGGUAUAUAGGCAAAUGAUGCGGGAUGUAGAGCACGCGAGUUUUUUGAGGAAGAAGAGUCAAAACAGUCAGCAGGUAUCAUACCUAAAAAAAACUCCAAAAAGUGGAUGACUGUAAAGUCGGAGCCAUUAAGA